AUGUCAGACGGGCAGCCAGAAUGGACCAACGCGGCGGCGACAGCGCUGCAAGAUGCAGUGGCUCUCGCGCGCAAGCACAGUAAUGGCUUUUUGGACCCCGUCCAUCUGGCGUGCGCGCUGUUCAAGGAUGAGAACGGUCUCCCCUCGCGUGUGCUGAAGAAAGUUGGAGCGGGAAUCGUGAUGGACGCCCUAAUGGCCCGCGUGGAGGCAAUUCCCACACAAAGCCCUGCACCGACGCAGCCGCAUCCUAACUCCGACAUGACGCGUGUACUAAACACCGCGGAGCAGAAGCGGGUUGCGUUUGGCGAUACCCUUUUGGCCGUCGACCACCUUCUCCUUGCGCUGUACGAGAGCAAGGACACCAAUUCCAUCCUGAAGGCGGCUGGUGCCGACAGUAAGAUCGUUGAGAAGGCCCUGAAGGAGCUUCGCAAGGGGAAGAAAAUUACCUCAGAGUUCCAGGAUCAGAACUACGAUGCAUUGUCCAAGUACGCGAUCGACAUGUGUCGACAGGCGGGAGGAUGGCAAGCUGGACCCACUUAUUGGACGUGCCGACGAGGUAUUACGC